AUGGCGGGCAUCACUCGGUCAAAUGAAAGGGACUUGGUAGUCAACAGAUUGCAGAAUGAUGCUACAAACUCGCUCUACGGCAAGUUGAGACUAAGCUACGAUGCUUUGGCCGACGUGGCUGGCUGUGGCAUUGCUUUGCAGCUGUGCUUUCUAUGCAUCGCUGCCUACCCAGAAGACAAUAUCAUAUCUCCUACAUAUGCUACUGCCUACUGGAUUGGAGAAGGAUUGGUAACCGGUCCGAAACCUUUCCAAAUUGGAGAGAUCACAUCAAAUCGCUGCAAAUGUAGAAAAAUGCUUCUUUCAGCCAGGCAGAGGUUAACAGCAGUUUCCAGCGGACGUUUCUUCAUGAUACAAAUUUCAGAAGAGGUGAUUGGAAGUAUGACCUCUCUCAGGGUCCUGGAUUUGUCACGUACUGCCCUCCAGUUGUUGCCAAAAAACAUGCCAUGUUUGAAGCAUUUAGUUUUUCUCAGGUUAUGCUAUGUGCCAAUCAAGAGAUUGCCCAACACUGUUGCUGCUCUAAAAAGCCUUCAAAUAUUAGAUCUUGAAGGAUCUGAUAUUUCACAACGGCCGGUCGGCAUUUCUAAGUUGACUUCCCUAAAAGCUUUAGACAUUGGUUUUUGUGAAGAUCUGCAGUGCAUGCCUUUUGGAAUCACACACCUCACGUCUUUGGAGUACCUGAACACACAUAUGCAAAUUCUACCCCAUGCCAUGACUGCCAUGUCCAAAUUGAAGGAACUCUAUCUACAAUGUCCUCAGUUACUCCAGAAAGAAGUUUCAUUUUGUGAAUUUCAACAUCUACGUUACAUUAAGUUAAUCCAGUGUAGCGUGCUAAAACAUUUACCUGCCUUGCGAAAACCACGGAUUCUGAUGCAACUAGAGAUAGUUAAGUGCACCAACAUGGAGAAGUUACCAGAGGAAUUCGGCAAGGUGGGAAUAUUUCCUAAGCUUGAUAUGUUUACAGUGGUGAAGGUCGAGAAGAUGGAGCAGCUGCCAAAAUUGGAAGGAGCACUGCCUUCACUUAAAACAUUAACAAUAGUGAAGUGUGAGGCAUUGGAGAGGAUACCACAGUGUUACUGGAAUUUGAAGAGUGUAGAAAAGAUAAGAGUGUAUGGUUGCUCAAAGGUUCAACAUGUCAUUUCAGAGGAAGAAGACUUCAUUAGGACAAAGACGAAAGUGCUAAUGAUUAGAGUAUCUAAUGCAGAAAUUCAAGCACUAGAAGAGCGUUACUUUGAAAUACGUCAUGGGGGUGGACAUUUUUAUUAUGUUGAAUUUUGGUGCAAUGAGGUGUUUCGAUUUUUGGAAUUUGCUAUGAGUUCCAUCAUUCAAACAAAUCGUAUAUAA